AUGUUCUCUCCGAACCGAAAGAUUGCGGUGGCAGCAGGAACAUUUUUUUAUAAUGUCUUUUUAAUAUUGGAUCAAGAUUCAAAUGGGGCCGGAUUUGGGGUUCGAUGGUUCAGGCAUGUUUUAACUUCGAUCAUUGAAUUGAAAGGAUUAAAUUUUAUUUCAUAUCUAGUGUUUGCCCUAGUUGCAAACACUGAGAUAAUGAAAGAUUGGGAUUUAAUGAUCCACAUUUUAAUUCGAGAACAUGAUGAACCUUUGACCCCAAUCCCCCAACCCCAGGAAAUUUUAAUAGAAAUUAUGUUCUGGUGUGCUGCAAAUCUUUCAAGUACUGGUGAGAGAGGAACUGAUAACAUGGUCCCAAGUAUAAAACAAAAACAAACGAAAAAAGACAAAUUAAAUAUGACCAAAUAUCUAAUGCCGGUGAUGGCGACUCUGUUGGCUCGCUUUAAAAGCAAUGUCAAUUGUAUUAUCCAUUUGAUAAAAAUUCCUCAAUAUUUUGACUUUGAUAAUACAAUUGACAUGGAAGAUCUGCAUUUAAGGAAUUUAUUGGGCGCUCUGCAAGCCAUCGCCCAGGAUUCUGCAGACGACAGUGCUGGACAACUGCAGCAAUACUUUGCAUUGCCUUUCUAA